GUUUUUUGAUAAGAUUCAGUCGGCACAAAAUGUUGUUCUUAACUUUACUGUUCAUUCUAAGUGUGUGCGUUUAUUUUAUAUAUAGAGUGUGCAACAGAAGAUUUGAUUAUUGGCGAAAGAAGAAUGUGAGUUUUGUACCGCCGGUUCCUAUCCUAGGAAAUUAUUCAGGGUAUAUCCUACUAAAGGAAAGUAUAUCCAAAGUGGUGCAUAAUUUGUGCAAAUUAUUUCCAAAUGACCCCUACAUUGGUGCGUUCUUUGGCACAGAGCCGACUUUAAUAGUUAAAGACCCGGAAUUCAUUAAACUGGUAUUAACUAAAGAUUUCUACCAUUUCAACGGCAGAGAAGGCUCCAAAUACACCCACAAUGAAGUUGUAACACAGAACAUAUUUUUCACGUACGGUGAUCGGUGGAAGGUCAUCCGGCAAAACCUGACGCCGCUUUUCUCUUCUUUAAAAAUGAGAAACAUGUUUCAUAUUAUCGAGAAAUGUUCUGGUAUUUUCGAGAAUUUGCUGGAUGAAGAAUCUUUAGCACCCGAAGUUGAAAUGAGGUCUGUGAUGUCGCGGUUCACAAUGGACUGCAUAGGCGGUUGUGCGUUCGGAGUAGACGCUAAUGCGAUGCAGGAACCCAAGGAUAACAUAUUCACAACUAUGGGAUUCCUUUUCUUCGAGAGCACCACCUACCGAGGGAUAAAGAACGUUCUCAGAGCCAUUUGGCCAGGGAUAUUCUAUGGACUAGGUCUCAAAGUAUUUCCAACGGAUUUAAAUGAGUUUUUUAGUAAACUUCUAGUAGGGAUUUUCGAAGCACGGGACUACAAGCCUUCCUCGCGGAACGAUUUCGUUGAUCUGUUGUUAAAUUUGAAGAAGAACAGACAUAUCGUCGGCGACCGUUUGCAAAAGACUAAAACAGGAGACGAAGGAGCAGAUAGUAAAUUUGAACUGGAAGUGGAUGAUGAGCUUUUAGUGGGGCAAUGCCUAGCCUUCUUUAGCGCAGGUUUUGAAACUUCAUCCACUAUUUCAAACUUUACUUUGUACGAGCUGGCAAAGAAUCCAGAUGUUCAGAAAAGAGCACAGAAAGAAGUAGACGAAUACAUUAAGAAGCACAACAAUAAACUAGAUUAUGAUUGCGUGAAGGAGCUCCCGUUUGUGGAGGCUUGUAUAGAUGAAGCGCUACGUUUGUAUCCUGUUCUUGGAGUAUUGACAAGAGAAGUAAUGGAACAAUACACAUUCCCGACCGGCCUGACUCUCGAUAAAGGAGAUCGCGUCCAUAUUCCCGUGUAUCAUCUGCAACGCGACCCGGAAUACUUUCCGGAGCCAGAGCUCUUCAAGCCGGAGAGGUUUUAUGGGGAAGAAAAGAAGAAUAUCAGACCCUUUACGUAUUUGCCAUUUGGGGACGGACCACGCAUUUGUAUUGGUAUGAGGUUCGCGAAGAUGCAGAUCCUGGCCGGUCUGGUGACAAUACUGAAAAAGUACACAGUGCAACUGGCCGACGGUAUGCCGGAGACGAUCGAUAUCGAACCCAAAGCCAUUGUUACGCAGCCAGCCAUUAGCAUGCGACUAAAAUUCGUUCCGAGAAAUGAUUUGCAGAAAAGAAUUUUCGCAUAGACUAC